AUGGAAAAUCACCAUCCUUCCACCAUUUUAUCCAUGGACUCGAGUGCCUCAUCCUCACACGACGAGCUCGACCUCGAGAUGAACCGCCAGGUCAUCCCGACCCGCCCGCCCGAUAUCAACUUACCCCUCUCGGCCGAGCGAAGCCCGCCGCCACCUCAGCAUUGGAAUGGCGAUCACUGUGACAUUCUCGACGUGGGACUAAGCACUCAAGUAUACGAGCCCGAGAGCUUUCUUGCUGCUGUCCCGAAAACGGGUCGCAAAUGUGCGAAACGGGUCGACACCAUAUGGGGCGCCUGGUUUUUCUUCAGCUUCUACUUCAAGCCCGUAAUGAACGAGAAAUCGAAGGCCAAGAUAAUACGGGACGGAAAUGGGGUCUCUGGCUUCGAAAAAUCUGAUCUUCAGCUCGACACUUUCUUGGUUCAGCAUGAUAUGGAGAAUAUGUACAUGUGGGUUUUUAAAGAGAGGCCCGAAAAUGCCCUCGGGAAAAUGCAGCUGAGGAGUUACAUGAACGGGCAUUCGCGCCAGGGGGAAAGGCCUUUCCCUUUCAGUGUCGAUAAGGGUUUUGUUCGUUCGCACAGAAUGCAGAGGAAGCACUACAGAGGACUUUCGAAUCCUCAGUGUGUGCAUGGGAUUGAAGUUGUACCAAACCCGAAUCUUGCGGUUCUUGAUGAGGACGAUCGAAAGAGAUGGACUGAGCUCACGGGUCGAGAAUUGAACUUCACGAUUGCACCCGAAGCUAGUGAUUACGGCACGUGGAGAAAUUUGCCGAACACUGAAUUCGAACUCGAGAGGCCUCCUCCUGUAAAGGGCAUUAUUAAUAAUAAUAAUAAUAGUAAUAAUAAUAAUGGCCACUCGAAAAAACUGCUAAACGGGUCUGUGCUAAAUCUCUCGACUCAGCUUCCCAACAGUCAUGUCAAUGGGGAUGUUGUGAUGGAUUUAUCAUCAUCUCCUGUUGGGAACAAAAGAAAGAAAGAUUUUUUCUCAAACAAUGAUGCAGAGUGUUGUUAUCUGGCAGUCAACGGUCAAGAUCACCAAAUCCCCGAUUUGGAGGCUGUGGGGCCACACGAGUCAAGCUGGCUGAACGAAUUUAACGGGGUUUUGAGAAAUGUGUAUGGGCCCGUCACAGCUGCUAAGACGAUCUAUGAGGAUGAAGAGGGUUAUUUGAUCGUGAUCAGUCUGCCAUUUGUCGAUCUUCAAAAAGUUAAGGUUUCUUGGCGGAACAGUCUCACGCAUGGGAUUAUUAAGGUUUGUUGCACGAGCACAUCUCGCGCUCCGUUUAUCAAGAGGCAUAAAAGGACUUUUAAGCUCACUGAUGGCUCGUCCGAGCACUGCCCGCCUGGGGAUUUUGUUAGGGAAAUCCCGCUUUCGACUCGAAUACCCGAAGAUGUGAAUAUCGAAGCUUAUUACGAUGGGGCCGGAUCGGUGCUCGAGAUAUUGGUGCCUAAAUUGAGGGAAGGGCCGGAAGAAGAACAUGAGGUUCGAGUUUGUUUACGUCCGAAUCAUGGGGGUAAUGAUCUCAUGCUGACUUAA